AUGCGAAAAGCGUCGACUACUGGCCGACCUAUUGUGCCGCUGACUGAGCAGAAAUCGCUGGAUAGGACACUGUCAAAGGGAAAGCGAGAUGGAGAAUCUGAUGGUUGGGACGUUGCGCCAGACGGCGCUUCUGCCGGUCGUCAAGGGCGCCAGUUCACCGUUGCCAACGUGGGGAAUAACGGGAGGCUUUUUUUACGACCAUCUGUCCGGCGUGCAAACAAGAGGUACCCCCAGCCAAACUUCACCUUUCCCAUAACACCACCUGGAACUGCUGGGCUGGAGGGAGUUUAUCCAGACAACCUAGACGAACCGCCUAGAUUGACGACGGAUCAUCACGAAAAUCAAUUCACCCCUACGCCCAGAACAUCGAUUAUUCCCCCACAAUACGCCCCCGAUACUAGUGGCUUUGUAACGACUACGCAACACCGUAGAGCAGUGUCGGAUGGUACGAUCCGUGACUUUAAUUCUCCCACAAGUACCGAUGCGGACGGGUACAGAAUCGUCAUCACAAAGCCGCCUCACGAUGACGGCCGGCCCAAAACGGCGGAGAACCCAGCCGAUCUGGAUAUUGGCGGUAUUCCGACACUUAAUAUUAAUAUCCCAUCCUGGAAGCUAGGGACGCCACGGUUCUCUAUGAGAGGUACCCCGAUGCUUAGAGGCUCGUCCUAUGCUGCUACCGAUGAAUACCGAUCUGCCAGUCGCUCGUCUAUGUACCAUUCUUCGGAGAGGAGCCUCGGCGGACCGCUCUCUAGCACAAGGCCAAGACCUAGCCAUCUUGUCAUCCCGAAGCUUCGCUUUCCGCGAACCUCACAUGCCUCGUCGCAAACCUCAACUCGCGUACCACGACCUGUGCCCUCUACAUACGCAUCUGCGCAUCUUGUCAUCCGGCCAGCCAUGUACGAUGAGCUCACAUUCAAGCCCGCUUGUGAUGAUAAGUCAAUAGUGCGAUACUCGCCUAACGGAUCCGUGACUGCAGCGACGCCCUCUCGACUUGUUGCCGAGAUCACAUCUCCAAGCUUCCUGGACUACGAACUGAUCUCGGAUUUCUUCUUGACCUACAGAUCCUUUCUUGAGCCCCAGAUCCUCCUCCAGAUGCUCAUGGCAAGGCUCGUAUGGGCUUUGGAACGCACUGACGAGGUUGGAAUGAUUGUUCGCGUUCGAACGUUUGUCGCCAUGAGACACUGGAUCCUCAACUACUUUGUGGACGACUUUGUCCUAGACUAUGAUCUUCGACUCCUCUUCUGUAUCUUGCUCAACGACUUUGUCGAUGAGCUAUCUCAGGAUAUGAACCAGAGCAGAGUUCAGCUCAAGAUUUUGGCGGAGCUCAAAAAGUGUUGGCGACGGAUAUGUGCUCAUUAUUGGGAUGGCCCUGAAUUUAACGAUGGCCUAGAACCUCUAAUCCCAAUUGCUCCAGGAGGCAUCGCUGGAUACAGAGAUCCCAGCUUGGAUCCCUCUUUUUGGGAAAUACAGGGAAUGGAUCAGCCACAGUGGCGUGCCGUGGCAGGCAUCCCGCAAGGAUUGAGCGAUGAGACCAAUCCAAGUGAAACAGUCCCUAAGCCGGCCAGUAUCGACGAAUUUAUCACUAUGGACGAUCGUCCGGAGACUCCUGAACAUCAGAUCAUCACCACCACGACACCAGCAAAUGGGCCGUCUUCGCCUCUUAGCAUAGCAAGCAUGGAUAUCGUGUCUUGUUCCUUUCCAAGUAAGAAUGUGAGGUCUCUGAAUCCAAACUCCAGUCAGCCUCUAGCAGCCCAUCCUGUGUACUCAACGUCUCCUAUCCUCCCGCCCGGAGCUAUUGCUACUACUCCCAAGGCGCUUGCUGGCAAGCGCGUUCGUCCGGCACAGAGCCACAAGCGCAAUAACAGCACCUCUGAUUCUUUGAGGGAACAUGGCUCAGAUCAUUCCUCGUCACAUGAUGUCGACUUGCACAUGAUUCUGCAGUCUGCUGGAAACCUUGUUCGAGGCAACAUUCUUCCACCUGGCCAGCCUUUUGUCGACAUCGAAGCUGAAACGCCCACUGGUGAUCGCAACAGGCAGACCACCAUCUUUCAGCCUGUGUCUCGCCACGCCACCAAAGACCGGAUCUUUGGGGUUGCCAUGUCGGGAUCUGGGAUGAAGAAGUUCUUGGGAGGCGUACGGCGCGCAUUGAACAAUCGGGGCCAAUGGUCGUCCGGAUCGCAUUCUAGUUUGCCCGCUGUCACUUCUCUUAGUGCGCACACCAUCGCAAUGGACCGAUUGCCUGCAGCGACUAUUAUUGCCCAGAGUGGCCAUGGCCCGACCAGCAUUCGGCCGCAAGUGAGAAUCGAUCUACUUGGGGCUGAAGUUGCUGAAGAUUUCAAGAGAGCUAUCCGUGAGGAAGAGGAAGCUGCCGAAGCGGAACGAUUAGGCGCACCAAGACCGGCUCCACCCGCUGUCCAUGGUCCUAUGGAAUAUUCCGCCGCACAUAUGGAGUCUACCACAGUUGAUAAUUUGCUUCAGGAUCGAGGGCUACGGCCCAUGAGCGAUAUGGGUCUCACCACCGGAAGCAAGUCUAUCGUUAUUAUUGACGAUACGGUGCCGGGCUUACGUGAUAGACUGCCUAUGACCACUUUUGAUCCCAAUCCUCCUGUUGUGGGAUUAUCAGCGGGCUCUUUUCUAACUGUCGGCGGCGACCCAACUCCUCCUACAACGCCGCCCGCACAGCUUCUCGCCGGAACCAUACGAAGGUCAUCAUAUCUUCUCGAUCAACUCAUCAGCCCCCCAUCCGAGGAAUUUCUGCCACCUUUCGUACCGGAUAUGGCGACUUUGGGACGCACCCACAGCGUAGGGCCAUCGGAAGAUGCGAACCGAUUCUCUAGUUCAACAAUGCGCCGCGGCGGUAGUCUGCGGCAUCCACCUCUUAGCCGUGGGGCGUUGCAGUUUCAUAAGAGGAACCAGUCUACAAAUACUCAAAAAUCAGAUCGCUCUUUUAGACGCCAUGCCUCGUUUGGUAGCCAUCUUGAACGACACUCUGCAGCUCGAAGUUUUGAUGCCACCACAGACUCGUCCAUGCUGGAUAGAGAAUAUGACGCUCCUGCCCCUGAGCCUCCCCGUGUACUUCGCAGGCGUCCCGGUGGAUAUCUCAGAGCUGCUGCUAACGCGGGUGGCGUGGAUAACCCGUCUGGGAUGCGGAGAUCUCAGUCUGUUGGGUCUCUUACAACUUAUACCGAGUCGGUCCGGAGCUCCUACCUUCUUGGUACUCAUCCCGAGCAGGACGAUGAGGAAUGCAGCUUUGCUGGAGCAGAAGAGCACCCUCGUGGGAGACAGGAGGUAUUUUCUGUCGGUCAGCUGACCGGGAAGCCACCCAAGCGAAAUCUGUCUUUGUUUAGCACACACUCGUCGAAGCCCAUUAUGCGUCCCUCGUUUGAGAUAGAAGCUCGAAAAUUGGCACAGAUACCUGAUGAGGAUGACGGCGGCAUCGAGUCUGCACUGUUAAAGCUUGAGGGCAGAUAUCAACCGAAGCCAAAAUCAUUUGAGCGGCUUAACCAAAUGGCUCUGAUAGACGCACAAGAAUUUGGUGGAAAGGCGCCGGCGGUAGAUCCCUAUGUCAGCCAGGAUGAAAGCCAACACAGUGAAACAAGCGGCAUGGAUAAUGACUAUUAUCAAUCGCAAGUUCAAGAAUUCUCUGACGACAAAGGAAAGCAGCCACUUGAAUUUGAAUAUAACCGGAACACCAUAACAACCCGGAGCAGGGCAGCUACGCUUGAGGCGCGCUCAUUCUUGAGUGGUGACUCAGACGAAUCGUACUGCUCCAUACCUCUACUUGAACGGGGCUUAACAGAUGAUGGUCGAAGCAUAAAGGGAGCCUCGGAGUGGACUGACCGGUCUGUUCUUCGAGGCUCAUCAGACGAUGACGCUGUAGCUUCGGAUAUUCCAAUAGCUCUGCACAUCUCUAAGCCGCGUCUUUCUUAUGACUUUGUCGAAAAGACAGAUAGCAUUGAAAGGAUUAGACCUGGUACGACAACUCCUGCACCAGCUGAUGACCGAACUUUCCUGGAAGACGCUAGCGUUGGCGGUUCAGAUCUUUCUUCUGAACUCACCCCCUCUGAGGAUGAAGAUGCGGGUAAUCUGGACAGGAGAGUGGGCGUAUUUUCUGUCUCAUCCCAACCACACCCAUUCGGAGACCCUAUUGCUACGCCUCGAUCAGACUCUUCUUCUGCCCCCAUGACGCUCGCUCAGGCAUUAGCGAUGAGUCCAAUAAUGAUGAGUCCAGUGAUGAUGAGCCCGGAGAGAACUCUCGAUCCGGAUCAAAUUUGGAUCAGCAAACCCCUUCCUCUCACUCCAGACAAAUAUCAAGAAUCUUCCUACACGGCUGAACCUAAGCUUGUCCAUGAGACACCGCGAGUAACUACCGAAGCUCUUCAUUCGGUGCCCCAGACAGAAGUGCCCAACACUCUCAAAUAUUCAAUUCACUUGCCAUUCAUUCUGGCGUUUGACUCUGAUACUUUGGCUCAGCAAUUCACUCUUAUAGAGAAAGAUGCUCUAAACGAUAUUGACUGGAGAGAGUUGAUUGACAUGAACUGGAAGAAUGCUACUAGCAACGAUUCUCGCUCGUGGGUUGAUUUUUUGAGAAAGACUAAUGCUCACGGAGUUGAAGUUGUCAUUGCUCGAUUCAAUAUCAUGGUCAAGUGGGCCAUUUCUGAGAUUGUGCUAACUCAGCACAUCGAAGAGAGGGCUCGAUGCAUCAUCAAACUCAUCCACAUAGCGGCACACUGCCGGCGCUAUCGCAAUUUCGCUACCUUGGCACAGCUCACAAUCGCCUUGUCGAGUGCAGAGGUCUCCCGCCUUUCCAAGACUUGGGAUCUAGUUCCAGCUAAAGAUCUGAACACGCUAAGCGAGAUGGAGGCUCUUGUUACACCUUCGCGUAACUUUUAUAGUCUCCGGGCAGAAAUGGAGAGCGGUUCUGACGGAGGAUGCAUUCCAUUUGUCGGCAUCUAUACGCAUGACCUUCUCUUUAAUGCACAGCGCGCUUCCGAAAUAGCCAGCUCACCGACCACUCCUCCGCUGGUCAACUUUGAGCGAUGUCGCAUUGGGGCAGCUGUGGUCAAGACAAUGCUGCGCCUAUUAGAAGCCAGCACUCGGUACACUUUUCAGCCGGUUGAGGGUAUUACAGAGCGAUGCCUCUGGAUGGGCGCAUUAAGCGACGAUGAAAUCCAACGACGCUCUAAGACGUUGGAAUAG